GUGGGCAUGAGCGGUCGCGCCGUGGAGAGACGCCCCGAGUGACACGCGAGACCGUGCGACGUGUUGAGUGGCGAAGCGACGCCGCCAUGGGGGGCGUGCUCGGACGACGACGGCGCCUCUUGCUGAUCCUGGCCACACACUUGCCGCUGCUGCUGUGCGCCGCCGCCUCCAACAGUGGGGAGGUGCGGUGCUUCUGCAACGUGCCGCCGUGCAUCACGACGGGCUACAUGUGCAAGUCGGCGCUGGGCGCCUGCUUCAGCGAGGCGCGGCUCGGCUCCGCCCCCGCGGGGCCCGGCGCCCGCCUCCACGGCUGCCUCGACAUGCUGCACAGGGACCAGCAGGAGGCGUGCAGCGAGGACGGCGGCGCGGGCGCCGGGCUGUCGUGCUGCUCCACCGACAUGUGCAACCACGUGGACGGGCUGGCGCACGCGCACGCGUUCGGCCGCCAGUACGCCGCCUGGCACCACGGCCGCCUCAACGCCUCCUCCCUGACAGGUGCCGCUGGGAACGCGAGUGCGUCCGCGCGCGGCGCGGCCUCGCCCGAAUCCACGGCGUACGCGAGCGGCGAGGUGUGGCUGAAGGCGGCGACCAUCGCAGUGCCGGUGUGCGGCGUCGUCAUCCUGGUGGCGCUGGUGGCGGCCGCGGUGCGCAUCCUGCGCCGCGACGCCCGCGAGCUGGCCGCCGCCUCCGCCGCCUGCAAGGCGCCGCCGCUGGCGCGCUGCAAGGUGCCGCUGCUGCCCUCUGCCGCCGCCGCCGCGCACCACCACCAUCACCACCACCACCACCACAACCACCACCAGGAGGCGGCCGAGCGCCGUCCCGACAAGAACGAGGCGAACGCGCGCCGCAACCGAGCCGCGGCGCACGCCAACCUCUUCCGGGGAGACGACGCGAGCGGCGCGGGGCCCGCAGGGGAACCCCCGGCCAAGCUGUACCACAAGGCGGCCAUCACGUGGCGCGCCGACGGCUGCGCCUGCCCCGUCUAGCAGGGGAGGCCCCGCCGACACGAAUACCAAUUCAAAAGUGGAGUCUUCAAAUUCAACAGUCCAGUCUCCCCAGUGCGCUUACCAUACUAAAAGCAGCCACCUCAACUGUCAUGUUCUGAUUUCGUGCUGGUGACUCUUGAAUCAGAAUGGUCUAGGUGCCAUUGUUUCUUGCCAGUGCGUGGAGGAUCCUGCAUACGUUUCAGAGCAAGUACACGAACCUUCACUUACUUACCUCCGUGUACUGGCUAUCGAAUUAGAACGUGGUCUGAGAAAUGUCUAAAUGACAUCCUUGAGGAAUCUAAACAUGUUGUAAUUUCUUUCUCCUGGCCUAUAGUUAGAUUAGGUCUAUUCCAUUCCUGAUCUGUCUUGGGGCUGUAAUUUGAAGCCAGGAUGAGGACAUCACAGAUUAAUUUUCCUCUCGAUCAGAUUCGCUUUUCUGAAAAAAUGAAUAUCAGCAGAGAAAACUGCCUUGGAAACCCCGGAGUCCUUUCCUCCAUAGGUAUCUACAGGUGUCCCAUCAUCUUGUGAUACCAGGGAACAUCACAGGCAACAUCCCAAUAUCAACUGCAAUUCUUCAAUUACAGGGGAAGAAAAACUCUUUUCUCUUUCAUUUUGUGGUUCUGUUUCAGUUCUGGAUUUUCUAGAUGAGUGAAGUUGCUGGAAUGAUGAGGUAAUCUUGAAAAUGUGGCUCAAUUAACUAAGUGAGAACAUGGCAAACAGCAAAGUGUAGCAUAUUUUGCAUACGACAGUGCUUUGUUUUAUUUUCUUGCUGUCUGCAUACAUACAUCAGAUAGAUACCUUACACUACUAUGCAUUGCUGCUUGUAAAUGUAUCAGAUCAUUUAGUUAGACAUAUACAAAUGCAGCUAUAUGUUUUCGAUGUUGUGUUUUUGACUUUCCAAGUCCUGCAAGUUCGUAUUAAUUCCAUUCAUGUUAGUAAAAAGGUAUAUGUUCCAUCUUACACUGAAUUCUUCCAAGUAAUAGAACAUUUUGAAAUGUGGCAUCAUUAGAGUAUGUUAGUAUAACCCAGCAAAAGUAGUUUUGCCUCUGCACUUGGGGUACUGGCUGUCUCUCCCACGGACAUCUUUCGUUUCUGGGCAAAUAUGACAAUCUUGGUCAUGAAAUUCUUUUAACUGUAUCUGUCCCAUUAACAAGAAGACGUAUCUAUGUCUGUUUUAACUGAUGCUGUUUUUUACUGCUGAUUGGAAUCAGUGUGAUAAAAUCAUUGGCAAUUUGUUAUACCAUUGGAAAUUAGGAUUAUAUAAGGAACUGCAAAUAACUACUAUUCUACAUUAAUUCUCCUUCUGACUCAUCAACUGUCAAUCCAUCAUGACCUCCUAUAUAUUCACGACAAUAACUUGACUCAUUAAGUCAUGGAUAGGAUACCCAGUAAGACAGCAAUGAAAAACUUUUUAAAUGUCAUUCUCUGUUCAAAAAGCUCUUGUAGCUUGCACAGUACAAGAUAUAUACUUUUUUAGUCAACACUGUAAUAUAUAUGUACAACAUUUAUUUAGGUACAUUUAUAACCAUUUUAUAAUGUGAAUAUAUAUCUAUACACAUUGUAAACUGUACAUUAACAAAUAUUUAAAAGACUGUAUAGGAUAAAGGAAAUGUACAUAAAAUAGUUUAUCAGUUGGACUUCACUUGAAAGUUGAUUUGUGUUUGGGUAAAAAUGUUCCAAGACACAAACUCUGACUUUAGUGCAUCACCUUCAUGAUUAGUGAUUUGUGAGUAAGUGGCCCUACGUUUUGUGGUCUUUCGUUAUAGCAUUGACUGAAGAAUGUCAUUAAUAGUGGGGCAGUAGUAACUGUAUCUGGAGAUCACAAAUAAUGCUGUGAUAAAUAAAUAUGAUUUUUACAUUUUAGAUGUAAAUAUAUACAUUUUUGUUACUAUAUAUGUGUAAAAAGACAAUAAAAGAAGUUAAAUUUUUCUUA